ACCAAAGCUAUUUUGGUGACUUUAACAUCACAGCUAAGAAUCAAAAAUGCAGCCAGAAAACGACACGUCGGGGACUACAGCCGCAUCGAGCCAUUUGCAGUUUCUGAGCAAUAUAGCACACGGAAGUUUCGGAAUGGCCAAGUAUGCUUACCACAAAACGGGCGAUGCCACCAACUAUGUAGUUAAUGGAAUAAAGGACAGUUCGCAUACAGCCCAGGUAGUCGAUGCGAGUAAAAAUGUGUACAGCACAGCCAAAGACUACCAUCGCAAAAUCAGCGAGAGCCCAAUCACCGAACAGACAGGAUCGGCCUUACGUUAUAUGGCCGGAGCCACUUACAACACUGGCCUGCAGGCUUAUCAGAUAGUAUCUACCAACCCAAUUACGGGCCCGGUACUUCGAUUUGCCGGCGCUGCAAUUGGUUCCGCCAUCACACUGAACUUAAUGGCCACAUCGGUGGCGAGCCGUGCCGGGAGAGAACUAGUAAGGGCAUCGUGUAUUCGCAACUCCUUGUGGAUAUUCAACAAGCUGCAUUUACCGAACACGCUGAGGGCAUCGGCCGUUUUCGCAGGAGUUAGCACUCAGAACUACAUCGCUUCUGGGGUGAUUCCUGGUUUGUUCACAGCAUGGGCGAUCUAUGAUGGGUACCGUGUCGCUCGGUAUUGUUACGAUGUGUACCAGGACAAGGAACGGGAACGGUCACAGCAAGCUGAGCGAUUGAACGAGGCUGUCCAGAUGUUGUUUAACUUUCCAGAGGAUUUGGCAGCCCAGCAAAUUCGCAUUCUGUACUUCGGUAUGUAUGCUCCGCAGUAGGCUGAGACUUUUCGGUUAAGUUCAUAAGAAUGUGUGUAUUAUAUCACUUAUAAUCUCAGAGUAUCGUAUUAUUGAUUAUUUUCAAUGAAGUACAAAUAUAUCUUUGGUUUACUA